ACCUCCAAAUCUUGCUAUACGUAGAGCGAAACAUCCUAGGUCCCACAUAUUUUGUCUUAUUCUCUACCAACUAACUUAAUUAUAUAUUAAGCAAAAAACUCUGUUCCUUUCUUUCUCUCAGACUGCCAUCAUCUUGAGAUCUUCAUCAAGAAGCUGCCUCUCUCUUUCCAUAAACUCACAUCAGCCACACAUAAAUACAUCUUAACACUCCUAAGCAUUUCACUAGCCCACUUCCGUCUUUCAAGAUAUUUUCUUUUUGUUUAAGACACUUUCUUAUCAUCAGUUCAGUGACUUUCAAGUUCAGCUGCGUACCUGAGCCAAAGAGUGUUUCAGGAUGGAACUAAGGCCGAGAAUGCUCAAAGACUGUCUCUUGGAAGAUUCCAACUCCUGUUCCUCAAACGGGUUCAAAUCGAUUCCCAGACGGCCUCCUCUCAACCAUUUCCCAAUGAUACCAAAGAGGAAACAAUCCAAUGCAUUGCAGGCUGUGAUUAACGCCGUCAAGAACCUCAGUUCCAACGCCGUCAAAUCCGCUCCAUCGAAGAUCUUACCAAGGAGCCUCUCUCGGCGAUUAACACCCAAGAACAAAGCAAAAAACCAAGCAAGCAUCACCAUUGUUCGGGUCAAAGACAUCGUGCGGUGGAGUUCGUCUAAGGACCUGCAUGAAGACAUAUCACAUUUCGAACCGUCUCCGCCUCAUCAGUACACAACCAAGACAGCAACAACAACCACAGGAUCCUCCACCACCAGUGGCACAUCCUGCAGCAGUUGGUGUGACUCGGAUUUUACAUCGGAGUUUUUACCAUCAUCAUGGGGAAGUAUCGUUGAGGAGUGCGGUGAAAAAGAGAGUGUUAAAAGCAACUUACACUGCGUCGGCGAAGAUUCUUGCACAGCAGUAAUAGUCGCCGACACUGAAGUGGGACCUGAGGAGGACUUACAGUGUGAAAAGGAGCAAAACAGCCCUGUCUCAGUGUUUGAGAUUCAACAUGAGGAAUAUGACGAAGCAUCAGACUCUUCUUUCAGUCAAUGCCUUGACAAUGUGGAAAGAACCAAAGAAAAGCUUAUGCAAACGAUUCAGCGGUUUGAGUCGUUGGCCAACAUUAGUCCUUUCAAUUUAGACGAAUGGGGAUCAAUGGAUGAUGAAUCUUGCAUGGAAGGAGGACAAGAGACAUGUAUCAAAUAUGAUGAUGAUGAUGAUGAUGAGAAUUGCGAUACUGUUGAUGGCGAGACUGAAGAUGAAGAUGCUGAUGAGGUUGAAGAGAAGGCAGCACAGCUAUGGAACCGGGUCAAAGAAAGACAUGCCAUUUGGAUCCACGAAGAACAUCUGAUAAUGGACUAUUUCAGAGAUGAAUUGAUGCAAAGGACAAACUCAUUCCACGAAACUCAACACUUUAAGGACCAAUUGGUGGCGGAGGCAAAAGGAUGGUUGCAUGGAUAUAAAGAAUCAGAGCUUGAACGCGGAACAGUUGGGCAGAGGAGACAAGCAUGUGUUAAAGAAAUCGAAAGACGAGAUUGGAAUGAGAAACAGAUAAAGGAGGAGGGCGAUGUGGUGGUUACACAGAUUGAGGAAGGACUCUUCAGCCUGUUAAUGGAAGAAACGUUAACUGCGCUCUACCAGAACUGAUUCCAGUCCACCUGAACAUCGCAAACAGAAACAUCAAUGCUUAAGCUUUAGAAAGUACAAGGCAAAACAUUUUUGAAUAAAGCUCAGGUUUUAGCUCUACUUUUGUAAGAAGGAAGCAAACGAAUAACACAAUGUAAAUUAACCUAUAAAUGCCUAUGUUUUGCUCUAAUUUGUAGAAGAAAACAAUGCACAUA